GCCGAGGGGACGAAGCUUGACGAUGACUUUAAAGAGAUGGAAAAGAAAGUGGAUGUCACCAGUAAGGCUGUGACGGAGGUGCUGGCCAGAACCAUUGAGUACCUCCAGCCUAACCCAGGUAGGGAUGCCAGCCAACUGCAGGGGUCUGUGUUCCUCAGGAAUCUUCUGGUUGCUGGAGCAUGAAGAGGGAACGUAUAGGUUCCCAGAACAUAAAUGCCCAGAUUAGGCAGAAUUCAGGCACAGCUGGAUCCAGGGGUCCUGCUGGUGUCCUCUGGCGAAUGCGUUUCCUCCCUGUAUCAUCUGGCAGCGCAGGCUCCUCUGUGCCGGCUUCAUUCUCCAGCUGCGUGUUUCUAGGCUUACAGCGUCCUGUCUUUCCCCCAGCUCGCUCACGGAGGCAGUUUCAAUUGGAUGCCCAUCCUCAGUUUACACAGGCCUGGGGCUGGGGUCACUGGACUGACAAGGAGGCCGGGGCCUUUCCCCAGAGGAAGAGCCAAACACAGGGGGUGCUGUGGGGCGGGGCCAGGCGGCCCAGGUGCAGGCGUCCCUUGAGACCUCUGCCAGGGUUGUGGAAGGAGUGCAGCCGGCAGCCCCGAGGCUGAGAUAGCGGUGGGUGCCCUGUGCCCCAGCACGCCUGCCGUCUGGGGCACUGCUCCCUAGAUGGGGGAGGGGACUUCUAGGCCACACUUGGGCUCUCUGAUGGGGGUAGGGGGCUGCAGCCUCGACGGGAGGCCUCGGAGAGGGGAGCUCACUUGGGCACCGUUGCCUGGCUUCUUUGUGGCUGAUGGACGGGGGAGGGGAUCUCACAGGAGGCCCGUGGGAGCUGCCCAUCCGUCUGCUCUUUCCCUGGUGGGGCCCCUCUGGAGAGGGGACACUUUCACGGUAACACUGUGGGAGGGAGAGGGGAGCAGCCAGCGUGCCGGACCCACUUGGCCCCGCCCCGUUCCAGCCUCGCGGGCCAAGCUGACGAUGCUUAACACCAUGUCCAAGAUCCGGGGCCAGGUGAAGAACCCCGGGUACCCGCAGUCGGAGGGCCUGCUGGGCGAGUGCAUGACCCGCCACGGCAAGGAGCUGGGUGGCGAGUCCAACUUUGGUGAUGCCCUGCUGGACGCCGGGGAGUCCAUGAAGCGACUGGCCGAGGUCAAGGACUCUCUGGACAUCGAGGUCAAGCAGAACUUCAUCGACCCCCUCCAGAACCUGUGCGACAAGGACCUGAAGGAGAUCCAGCACCACCUGAAGAAGCUGGAGGGCCGGCGCCUGGACUUCGACUACAAGAAGAAGCGGCAGGGCAAGAUCCCCGAUGAGGAGCUGCGCCAGGCCAUGGAGAAGUUCGAGGAGUCCAAGGAGGUGGCCGAAACCAGCAUGCACAACCUCCUGGAGACUGACAUCGAGCAGGUGAGCCAGCUCUCCGCGCUAGUGGACGCGCAGCUGGACUACCACCGGCAGGCAGUGCAGAUCCUUGAGGAGCUGGCUGAGAAGCUCAAGCGGAGGAUGCGUGAGGCCUCGUCGCGCCCCAAGCGGGAGUACAAGCCCAAGCCCCGGGAGACCUAUGACCUCGGAGAGUUGGAGCAGUCCAACGGGGGCUUUCCCUGCACCACAGCCCCCAAGAUCACAGCGUCUUCAUCCUUCCGGUCUUCUGACAAGCCCGUCCGGACCCCCAGCAGGAAUAUGCCGCCCCUGGACCAGCCGAGCUGCAAGGCCCUGUACGACUUUGAGCCCGAGAACGACGGCGAGCUGGGCUUCCGUGAGGGCGACGUCAUCACGCUCACCAACCAGAUCGACGAGAACUGGUACGAGGGCAUGCUCAACGGCCAGUCAGGCUUCUUCCCACUCAGCUAUGUGGAGGUGCUGGUGCCCCUGCCGCAGUGA